GGUCAGUUUCCGGUUGACGUGUAAUGGCCGACAGACAGAAAAAAGAACCGACUCCACCUCCUUUGCUGCUUAUGCCGGCCGGUGGUGGUCUUACACUCACACCCCCAGAUCAACCAAGUUUAUAUAUGCCAGUCAUCCAAUCUGAACCCUCACUUUUUGGCGCAGAAGAUGAAGGGCUUGGGGAAGCUGACAGUUUUGUUGGUCAAUCUCCCCCUCCACAGGGAGGUACACAGCUCAGUGCUCCACCACCAUCUACGCUGUUCCAGAGUCCAGGAAGCAACACAGCCCCAGAUCAGUUUGCACACAUAAAUCAUUCAACCCCUCUUCGACCACCAGCUGGCCCACCACACUCGUACUCAAAGCCAGCUGAAAACAUGAUGCCACCUCUGGCGCCCACUUCGCAAGUCCCAGUAACAGGGGCCACCAUGUCCUCAGUACCACCUAUGCCAAAUGCAAGUGGUUUGUCAGGUUUAUACAGGAAGCAUGGAUCUAACAGGUAUGCACAGAUGCCAUCUGGGACUUAUGCAAAUUCGCCAGCCAAUUUGAUGGCAACUCCACCUGCACCCAUACCUUUCUCACAAAACUUUACAGAGGCGACUGCGUCUGCACCAUCAAUGAUGGCACCAAAUGCUCAGCCUGCAACCCUUCCUCCUAAGCCAAGUAUUGGUCAGUUGCCGGGUAUGGGAUAUGUUCCCAAUGCUACAGGCACUUAUAUCCCAGUAGCCCAUCACUGGUGUUUUUGUAAGAAUGUGGAGGGACGUGACAUUUGGUACCCUCUCUCCAUGGCAGAUAAUCUGGCUCUAGAAGAUGCUUUUAAAUCUGGUCAAGAGAAUGUUCUAGUUAGCACUGACGGAGGGCGUUACGAUGUAAAUCUGACAGAAAGGCGUCGGUAUGCAGUUUUCUGGGAGGAGGAACCCAAGGUUGUACAGAGAUGUAGCUGGUUCUACAAACGUGAGGGAGACAAUCGUUAUGUGCCAUAUGAAGAAACCUUUGCUCUUCGCUUAGAGGAAGAGUAUAAAACAGCUGUUACGAGUGGAGUUUGGCAUAAACCAAUCCAGUUUGAAAGUGGAGAGUCUGUGGUGAUGCACAACCCUAAUGUGAUGGUUCAUUAUCAACCUUCAACUCAGCCUGAUGAAUGGGGGACUGUACAGGUGAGCAAUGCAGUGCCAACACAGGGUGAUCAGUUGCGGCCACGUGUUGUGAAGCGGGGUGUUGGAGACUUUGAAUCUAUAGACGAGGGUGAAUCGAGACAGGUUGACCAUGUAGUAUUUGUUGUACAUGGUGUAGGAAGUGUGAGUGAUUUUAGGUUCAGGAGUAUAGUGGAGUGUGUGGAUGAUUUUCGGUUAAUAUCUCAGAGUUUGUUGUCAAGUCAUUUUACACAGUAUGUUGACAGCAACAGAAUAGGUCGUGUAGAGUUCCUGCCAAUACAUUGGCAUUCUGCAUUACAUGGAGAUGCUACAGGAAUAGAUAAGAGAAUUAAAGCAAUUACACUACAGAGUAUAGCAAAGUUACGAAACUUUGUUAAUGACACAUUGUUGGAUGUUUUAUUCUACACAAGUCCUACAUAUUGUCAGUGUAUAGCUGAUGCAGUAGGGAGAGAAAUUAACAGACUGUAUGAUUUAUUCCUGACUAGACAUCCAGGCUUUACCGGUGGAGUGUCAGUUGCUGGACAUAGUUUAGGAGCCUGCAUAUUAUUUGACCUGCUACAGCACCAAGCUGAUCCGUCUGUGAUCUCAGAGAGUAAUACAGAAUUGACCAAUGGUAGCAGAGAACCUUCUCUAGAACCAACACCACAGCCAUCAUUAACUAGUCAGACAGAGAAUGAAGUAGUUGAGCCCGAAGAAAGUGGGGACCAAUCAGAAGAGGAAGAAUCUACCCUAACACUGGCAGAAUUGCUGUCCAAAGUGGGAUUGCACGAUAAACAAACUUUGUUUGAACAAGAACAGAUAGACAUGGAGGCAUUGAUAAUGUGCAGUGAAUCAGAUCUGAAAGAUCUGGGAUUGCCAAUGGGUCCCAGGAAAAAACUACAGGGUAUUCUCAAGGAAGAACAAAUGAAAAAGGAUAAGAAACAGAGAGACCAGGAAAGGAAGACAAAGCAGGCUGAAGAUCGUAAAUUACGAGAACAACUUGCAGCCGAGAUGGCAGCACAGCAGCAACAACAGAGAGAACAGCAACAAAAGAAUGACCAUCAAGGGUCUAGUUUAACAGUUGACUACCUGGUUGGUGUAGGGGGUACAGGUCAGCCCCAGAUCAAGUACACACAGCUCAAGUUCAGUCCAGUUUGUUGUUUUGCGCUAGGGUCUCCUGUAGGAAUGUUCCUGUCUGCUAGAGGGGUAGAGACCAUUGGAGAGGAUUUCAAACUUCCCACUUGCCAAAAAUAUUUCAACAUAUUUCAUCCAUUUGACCCAGUGGCUUACAGAUUAGAGCCCCUGAUAAACCCAGCAGUGGGCAAUAUGAAGCCUUUUCUCAUGCCUCAUCAUAAAGGCAGGAAACGUUUACAUCUAGAAUUAAAAGAGAGUCUGGCUAGGAUGGGUACAGACAUUAAACAGAAGAUAGUAGAUUCGUUGAAAUCUACAUGGACUUCUAUUAAUAACUUUGCUCGUGCACACCAGUCCGAUGUGAGCCUGGAGGAGCAGGUAGCGUCGGAGAUGUCGCAGAUCAGUAGACAGUUAGAGGAUGAUGAUAGAUCUGAAACCGCCUCUGUAACAUCCGGUCUUGAUGAAGAUAUUUACGUUGGACAGCUAAAUGAAGGACGAAGGGUGGACUACGUGUUACAGGAGAGACCCAUAGAAAGUUUUAACGAUUACGUCUUCUCACUUACUAGUCAUGGUUGUUACUGGAAUUCUGAAGAUACAAUGUUACUGGUGCUGAAAGAGAUUUAUUCCUUAUAUGGCAUUUCGCCUCAGAUACCUGGGGUUGAAUCGCAGGGUGCUCAGAGACAUAGAGUAGGACCUCCUCCGAAAGGUCCUCCCCCUGCAGGAUCUCCUUAUGGGGCCUUGCCUGGAAAUAUAAAUAACUCUGCAGUGACUUCACCUCUGAGUAAUUACGGAAACAGCUUUAGGGCCCCACAGGAGCCUCCACAUAUGUUUAAUGUUAGUAAUGGACCCCCAUCAGGGCCUCCUCCAGCGACAGUUGGAUCAGGUCUGCCACCAUUAUCAGGGCCUCCUCCAUUCAGUAUGGGACAGGCACCUAAACCAGGACCUCCUAUGGGGCCUCCACCGACAGCAGGAUUUAUGAAGAAAUCAUGAUAGUUGAAAUACAGUGUAGUGUGUGACCAGAAAUUGUGAUAUAAAUUAUGCUCUUAAACCAGUAGAAAUUUGAUUCCUGUAUUGUUACUUGCUUUUAAAUAUUACCCUUUUUGAGGAUUAAUAGUAACUUUAAAAGAUUGAACCAUGUGUGGUUUAUUAAUGCAAAUUUGAAUUUGAAAAUGUUAUAUUCCACAAAAGGAAAUAGGACCUCUAAAAUGACGACCAUUGAAUAAAUUUGUUCUGGUUUAAAGUCGUGGAAAUAUGGCUGUUUAUUAGAAUGGAAGUAAUUUAAACAAAGAUGUAAUAUAGUUAUUACAAUCUGUGUUUAACCAAUCAGGAGCAGCUAGUGUGUGUAAAUGAUUUAUUUCAUAAUCAUCAUACUGUGAAAUCAUUUAAUUUUGUGGGCAUGAAAUUUCAUGGUUUUAGUCAAAAUGGCAAUUUCAUGGGGAAAUGAAUUCGUGGAUUUCAACUUUAAAACAUAAAUUGAAUGGGAAUUUUACUUGUGCGUUGGGAUUAAAUUUCGUUGAUUGACUCAACCACGACAUCUGCGAAAAUUAGUCCCCCACGAAUAUUAAUGAUUUCACAGUAUAUCAAGAGUUAGACAGAUUCUUGGAAGUAUUUUAGAGAGCUCUGCAGGUUUGGAUCAAUUUCUUUUCAUGCAACGUAGAAUUUGAUGUAACAAAGAUUUUUCAAAGCAUCAUGACGUAAUUAGAAAAUUCAGGCAAUAAAAAAAACGGUUGUACGCAGGGUUUCAGAAAUCCCAUGUCCGGAGCCCGGGGGCUACCAGAAAAUUCUGCCGGGCUACUAAAUUUUAUCAGAGCGUGCCCGCUGGGCAACCUUGAAACUUCGUAUCGAGUAGCCCGGAAAUCAAUAAUUUAGUCUUCAAAUAUAAUUUUGAUAGUUGUCUAUAAUCUUCUUGUUUAUCAAGAGAUACACGCCCAAGGCUUUAGUUAUUAUCAUCUACUGCCAUAAACGGCAAACAAUUAACCGUUAAAUCGUACCCGCAGGCAAAUGUUUACAAAAACAUGUGCACGAGUGAUUUUAGACUGAUAACCAAUAACACCAAAGUCGCUGAUCGGUAUUAUCGGUAAUAUACAAUACAAUAUGCAAACCAGUCUUAAAAUUACGUCAUUUUAGCGCCACCUGCCAAAGUGUACUUUCGGUUUCGCUGACCUCAAUAUUUAGCGAGCGAUCAGAAAGAACAGAUGUUUGAUUUUGAGGCAGUUUAGUGCCUACACUGAUUGUUUAUGCUUUUCGAUUUAAAUACUUGCUUAACAUGCAAAAAAAUCGACCAUGAUUUAGCAAAAUAUCAGAAAGUAUACAGAAUUUUGGACAAACAUAAAUUCGGAUAAGUGAAUACACAGUACCAAGAAUCUGUGUGACGUUAUAUAUGCGGUUCUAGCCCGUUUAUUAAACCAGACAGAUGUUUAGAAUCAGACAGAAUUAUGUCAACUUUAAAAAAUUUUUAGAUAAAUUUCAAUUCAUACAGCUCUAAGGAAUUUGCAAGUAUAUAAAAAUUGAUUUGCGUUCCCUUUAUAUUGCCAUGUUGCAAUAACUAUCAGGAUUACUCCUGAUAAUAUUUCUCAGAUUAAAUACAUGUACCGGUUUUAUCUUUUAAAAGGAGAAAAAGGAGUAAUGGUAAUUGCUAUAUAAGAGAACAAAAUUUAUAACAAUGUGCAUAUGGCUAAAAUUAUGAAACCUCUAAUAAUUUAAUCAGUCCAUCCACUGUAGUAUAGAAGUAAAUAAACCGAAAUGCCAAGUAAACUUAAAUGUCCGGGCAACCAGAUUAAAAUUUUGGUAAUAAAUUUGCAGAUUUCUGAAACCCUGGUUGUAUGUAUGUUUAUUUAUACCCUUGUUUUGGAAAAACUGGACAUAUUAUGUGAUGGUGUGUGUUGUGUUUCUGUCGAUCCAUCUUUACAUCGGUCAUUUAUUGUGUCGAGAGCAUAAUUUUAUAACCAUUACAGAUAUUGACUUUAAACUGAGACAAUGUCCAGAGUGCUUGAACAGGGUCUGUAGGUCAAAUAUCAAGAUCACGAAUUGAGCUCAAAGGUCAAAACUGUCUUGUCAUAUUUUGUAACUAGAGCAUGACUAAAUAACUAUUCAGACUUGGCAGGUAGGUCGGUUGGUUGAGAAGGUGUGCAGAGCCAUGAACAGGGUCUUGUAGGUCAAGAUCACAAGUUGAGCUUAAAGGUCAAAUCUUUCCCGAUAUUGAUUUGAAACUUGGAAUAAAUGUGCAGACUGUAACUUACAAUCUGCUUCCCCCCCUUUUCAUCCUCUGAUAUAGCCCUUGGGGCAUAUAUUCCCGAGCUUGGCAGAGCUCUUAUUGUUAGACCACAUUAAAAAGUUUGAACCUGAAGCAAGUUUUCAUAUGAAUGUCUAAUAGAAAAUCUCUAUUUGAUGGGAUAAUUUUUGGCUGUAGAAAAAAUCCUGCAAUGUAAAUUUUUACAUCGUAAGCUUUAGCCUGCUGGCGGCAAGUGAAUCUGCCUAUGGGACCAGUGCAGACAAAGAUCAGCCUGCAUACCCGUCCAGGCUGAUCACGGUCUGCGCUGUUCGCUAUUUAUCCAGUAGAUUUCCUGUGAACAAUCCUUCGAAUAAUAAAUGGACAAGUCCAUUUUAGAAAUUUAGCAGGGUAAAGGUUAAAUAACUGAGAAAAGCAUCUACAGCGAAACCUGUGCUAAAGUCCAUCUUACAGAGGACUAGUUAGUUCCAUUUUCUGAUUUAAUCAUUUUGUAUUUUCCUUCAAAUGUGGACCUUUUUUUGGUUUUCCUUGCAAGAUCUUUAUACAGGUUUAACUGUAUAUGCAUCAAAGUUUGUUUGUUUGUACAUUUUUAGCUCACCUGUCACAAAGUGACAAGGUGAGCUUUUGUGAUCGCGCGGCGUCCGUCGUCCGUCGUCCGUCCGUCCGUGCGUACGUGCGUCCGUGCGUAAUAUUUUGCUUGUGACCACUCUAGAGGUCACAAUUUUCAUGGGAUCUUUAAGAAAGUUGGUCAGAAUGUUCACCUUGAUGAUAUCUAGGUCAAGUUCGAAACUGGGUCACGUGCCUUCAAAAACUAGGUCAGUAGGUCUAAAAAUAGAAAAACCUUGUGACCUCUCUAUAGGCCAUAUAUUUCACAAGAUCUUCAUGAAAAUUGGUCAGAAUGUUCACCUUGAUGAUAUCUAGGUCAAGUUCGAAACUGGGUCACGUGCCAUCAAAAACUAGGUCAGUAGGUUUAAAAAUAGAAAAACCUUGUGACCUCUCUAGAGGCCAUAUAUUACACAAGAUCUUCAUGAAAAUUGGUCAGAACGUUCACCUUGAUGAUAUCUAGGUCAAGUUUGAAACUGGGUCACGUGCCAUCAAAAACUAGGUCAGUAGGUCUAAAAAUAGAAAAACCUUGUGACCUCUCUAGAGGCCGUACUUUUCAAUGGAUCUUCAUAAAAAUUGGUCAGAAUGUCACCUUGAUGAUAUCUAGAUCUAGUUUGAUACUGGGUCAUGUGCCUUCAAAAACUAGGUCAGUAGGUCAAAUAAUAGAAAACCUUGUGACCUCUCUAGAGGCCAUAUUUUUCAUGGGAUCUGUAUGAAAGUUGGUCUGAAUGUUCAUCUUGAUGAUAUCUAGGUCAAGUUUGAAACUGGGUCAACUGCGGUCAAAAACUAGGUCAGUAGGUCAAAUAAUAGAAAAACCUUGUGACCUCUCUAGAGGCCAUAUUUUUCAUGGGAUCUGUAUGAAAGUUGGUUUGAAUGUUCAUCUUGAUGAUAUCUAGGUCAAGUUCGAAACUGGGUCAACUGCGGUCUAAAACUAGGUCAGUAGGUCUAAAAAUAGAAAAACCUUGUGACCUCUCUAGGUGCCGUACUUUUCAAUGGAUCUUCAUGAAAAUUUAUCAGAAUGUUCAGCUUGAUGAUAUCUAGGUCAGGUUCGAAACUGGGUCACAUGCUGUCAAAAACUAGGUCAGUAGAUCAAAUAAUAGAAAAACCGUGUGACCUCUCUAGAGGCCAUAUUUUUGAUGGGAUCUGUAUGAAAGUUGGUCUGAAUGUUCAUCUUGAUGAUAUCUAGGUCAAGUUCGAAACUGGGUCAACUGCAGUCAAAAACUAGGUCAGUAGGUCUAAAAAUAGAAAAACCUUGUGACCUCUCUAGAGGCCAUAUUUUUCAAUGAAUCUUCAUGAAAAUUGGUCAGAAUGUUCAUCUUGAUGAUAUCUAGGUCUAGUUCGAAACUGGGUCACGUGUAGUCAUAAACUAGGUCAGUAGGUCAAAUAAUAAAAAAACCUUGUGACCUCUCUAGAGGCCAUAUUUCUCAUGGGAUCUGUAUGAAAGUUGGUCUUAGUAUUCAUCUUGAUGUUAUCUAGGUCAAGUUCGAAACUGGGUCAACUGCGGUCAAAAACUAGGUCAGUAGGUCUAAAAAUAGAAAAAUCUUUUGACCACUUUAGAGGCCAUAUUUUUCAAUGGAUCUUCAUGAAAAUUUGUCUGAAUGUUCACCUUGAUGAUAUCUACAUAAAAUUUGAAACUGGGUCACGUGUGGUCAAAACUAUGUCAGUAGGUAUAAAAAUAGAAAAACCUUGUGACCUCUCUAGAGGCCAUACUCUUCAUGAGAUCUUCAUGAAAAUUGGUGAGAAUGUUCACCUUGAUAAUAUCUAUGUCAAGUUCAAAACUGGGUCAUGUGCCUUCAAAAACUAGGUCGUUAGGUCAAAUAAAAGAAAAACCUUGUGACCUCUCUAGAAGCCAUAUUUUUCAAUGGAUCUUCAUGAAAAUUGGGUCAUGUGGAGAAGGUGAGCGAUUCAGGACCAUCAUGGUCCUCUUGUUUGUUGAUAUUUAAUUCUUGUUGUUGGAUACGGUGCAGUGUAAAUUGAUUAAAAAUGUAUUAUGAAGAGUAUUUAAUUUUUAUUUCAAACAUUUUUAUUUAAAAUAUAUGUUUUUUGUCUGUAUUAUUUCAUAAAAUGAUAAUACUUCUUGCAAAUAUUGAUAAAUGUUAUAAACUGCAAAAAAAGAGAGAACACUUUACAGGUCUGUUUUGAUGAAAUACCUUAGUAUGGAUCAAGUAUCUUUACUGCUAGUUUUUACGCCUCUCACUACUGUUUGUGUAAGCACAACUUAGCUGUAAAAUGUUAUAACACUUUCAGUUCAUUUUGCACUUGUUACAUAUUUAGCAUAAUAAACAAUAGACAUGUGUAUUUCUUUGAAGAUAAAUGUAAAUGGAGGAAGAAGUUUACUUUUGCCUAGAAAUGGACUGAAAACUCGUGUCUCGAAAUGGACUUAAUUCCAAUUAGCUUUCAUUAGUAGUUACCGUUUUAUGAAAGUGCAUGCAUUAGUUCAUGACUUAUUCAAUAUUGAGGAAAGUCCCGGAUAUUUCACAUACAUGACUACACUUUUAACAUUACAGGUACGAGAAACCUUUAAUUUUUAACCACUUUUAACAGAUCUGAAAUUUUCAUUGUGGGCACAGCUGUUGACAGCAACCAAAAAUUACCAUUACUUGUGUGAAAGAAGCUGGACCUAUGGCAAAAUAUUUCUAUGGUCCUUGACUAUGAUUGCUCCCAAAAUCAUUCUCUUUUGACCCAAGUUACAGUUGCAAAAACGCCUAUUUUUUACAAACAAUCUGUGAUUUCAGCAAUAUUCAGUGACAUUUUUUUAACAAAAUAUUAAUUCCGAUUCAAGAGAAGUAAACUCAAUAUAGGUGAUAAACAUUCUUUUAACAAUAUAUAUAUAUAUAUUUUUCGUUUUAAAAUUUUUCUAAUUCUGUAAGCCAUAUAAAUGAACCUUACAGUUUUCUGCCAUGAGUAUUUUUGUUAUUUAUACUUAAUUUUGAAAAGUUUCACAUUAUUCAAGACUUCAGUAUUAACCACAAAAUUUCCAGUGAAUAGUAAGUUAUCAGAUCACAUUUGAAGCAGUUUCAUGUGCAAUACAAAGACCUGAAAUAAAAUGUUUGAAAUUCUG